GGCCAACACAUGAGCAGAGAGGAGAAAUUCUGCAAAGUAAAUAGACGAGGUUGCGCCGCUUCGGCAAGACAGAGAUACAUUCCACGUAGAAUGCUAACAUGGAAUCAGCGACUAAAGGUAAAGCCAAGCGCAGACAUCUGAGUGCAAACGCGUGCAGUGAUUUGGGGCAGAGUAUGGACGGUUCUCAGCCUCUCACCGACCCCAUGGCAGUUCCCCGCAGUAGCAAAGACCCCAACCGUGGACUCUACCCUAGGACUCCCACCAAGAGACGAAGAGGAGACGUUGAAACCAACCAGACAGGCAUCACCGACUUCUUCCCCGUCACAGAUGUCGUGAGGGUCAGCCCACGGAAGACUGCUACCGUGAACGGGCUACUACAACAGAACCAGGACACAGACGGACAGCCACUGACCCCCACUAAGGUCAAGCAGGAGGAGGAUCGUGCUGGCCAGAGCCUGACCCCUACGACAAGCUGCAAGGCCAAACAGGAUCUGGACGUCGCAGACAAGAUGGCCUCCAUGAGCACCCCGGAGAAGCUCCAGCUGUCCCUCGAGGAGGAUCUGGAGGGGGCUGCUGCGGCCUUUGAGGAGGACGUCGACUACAUGGAGGGCAUCACGGAGGACAUGUUUACCGACGAUGAGGAGUUUGAGCGUGAGGGUCUUACGCCGUCGAAAUCGAACCCCAACACGCCACGUUUGGACCGGGGGGCUGGCUGCAGCACGUGGGGGUCUCCGGCUGGAAGCGCGUCCUCUCAGCCUGGAGCCGCAACACACCGCCCAGUCUCUAAGAGGCUCAACAUGGGUCAGCGCGGUGUGGUAUUUGAAGAUGACGAUGAUGACACAGUGGAGCCUCUGCCCGACCCAGCGUUUGGGUUGCUGGGGGUGCGGGCGGGCCUGCAGGUUCCCCAGGGUCGCCUCUCAGACCUGCCCGUGGAGGUGUUGCGACAGGUGUUUGGCAAGAUGCCCGCAGACGACAUCUAUAGGAACGUGCAACUGGUGUGCAAGGCCUGGAGGGACAUCGUCGCAGACCCAAAGUUUGUGCCUUGGAAGAAGCUGUACUACCGCUAUGAGAGGAAGGAGCCUGCCGCCUUUAAGGAGGUGCAAGCCAUCCUGGCGGCCAACUACAUGAACAAUGAGGAGCUCAGCCUUGUCAACAUGUUCAGGUACAUGUCUGAGUUCAAGCACAGUAAGCGUGUGGACCUGCAGUGUGUGCUGAAGAGCGUGAGCACACACCGCCUUUACGGCCAGGCAGUGGCCUGCAUCACCUACCUCAAGUCCACCACAGAGAAGACGCGACUGAGGGCCGCUAUGAGCCGCGUGCCCAUCAUCAACGGGAGCCCGAGUCCGUGGUGCGUGAUGGCGGUGAUCCUGCUGCUGGCUGACGGCGUGGCUGACGUGCUGAGCCUGGUGCAGCUGCUACAGCGCAGCGACUGCAUGCUCACACCAGAGGGAGCCAGCGAGUACCUGUGGGCCGUCGCCACCCUGCUCCGCGCCAUCAGGGACAAGGGGGAGACGACCGCCUGUGGCAGGUUGCUCUAUAAUGUCUACUAUGUACUGCAGAUGAUGGAGAACUCUCCUGUGACCGUCUCAACUGAUAACGGCAGUGGGCCGUCAAAUUUGCGUGUCACUCAUGAGCAACAGGUCAUAAUGAACCACAACGUCCAACCAGGCCAGGUGGUCAAGAUCAUGGCCUUCGCAGGCACUGGAAAGACGACUACUCUGGUCCAGUUUGCGCGCAUGCGCCCGCACCUGCGCUUCCUGUACGUGGCCUUCAACAAGUCGGUGCAGACGCAUGCCCAAAAGAGCUUCCCCUCAAACGUGCACUGCAAGACCAUACACUCCAUGGCCUUCGGUGCAGUCGGACGCAGGUUCCAGAACCUAAAGAAACUGUCAGGGACUGUUAGGCCAUUCUCAGUGUCCUGGGUGUUGCCAAAGGGUUUUGGUGGUUUUGUGAACGCCAAGCUGGUGUGCGGGGCCAUCCAGAACUACUGCGCCUCCGCCGACCCCCUGCUCACCUGGUACCACGUGCCUGAUAAGCACCGCAACCAGCGCGGUGAGAGCGAGUAUACCAGCGCCAUUACAAGACAGGAACUGGCCCGCAUAGCAAAUCAAAUCUGGAGCAAGAUGGUGGCAUUGGAGCCUACCAAGGAGGCGGCGUAUCACAUGUACCAUGACGGCUACCUGAAGCUGUGGCAGCUGCAGAAGCCAGUGCUGGAGGGCUAUGAUGUCAUCUUCAUCGACGAGGCCCAGGACUGCACCCCAGCGAUCAUGGACAUCAUGCUGAAUCAGCCGUGUGGUAAGAUCCUGGUGGGGGACCCUCACCAGCAGAUCUACUCCUUCAGAGGAGCAGUCAACGCCCUCUACACCGUCCCACACACACACAUCUACUACCUCACACAGAGUUUCCGGUUUGGUCCAGAGAUUGCCUUUGUCGGUGCCAGCAUACUGAGUGUGUGCAAAGGGGUGAAAAGGACCUUAGUGGGAACACUACAGAAAGGUAAUGUGUGUGGCACGGGCCAUACAGCAGGAGAGGGUGUGGCCAUCCUGUGCCGCAGUAACCUGUCCGUCUUCAGCGAAGCGGUCCGGCUAACCGAAGACCCAAACCACAAGAUACACAUUGUUGGGGGUGUGGACAACUUUGGCCUCAAGAGGAUUAUGGACAUCUGGAUACUGUUGCAGCCAGAUGACAAACGCAAGAAAGAAAACCUGUACAUCCAGGAUGCCUUCAUCCGCGGCUUCUCUAGGCACCAGCUGGGGGGGUUCGGCGGGCUGAAGAAGUACGCCAGCAACACGGAGGACCACGAGCUGGAGGCCAAGCUGGAGGUGGUGUUGAGAUAUCAGAAGAACCUCCCGGAGCUCGUCAAACGCAUAUACAACCGAGCGGAGGCUGACCCCGCGCGAGCAGACUACAUCCUUGGAACGGUGCACAAGGCCAAGGGGUUGGAGUUUGACACUGUGAUGGUGUCAGAUGACUUCAUAAAGGUGCAAAACCCUAAAGACAUCAAAAAAGUCGACAAAUCGAUGUGGGACGAGUGGAAUCUGAUGUAUGUGGCGGUGACUCGAGCCAGGAAGAAUCUGACCAUCAACCCCACCAUCUACAUCAUCCUCAAUGAAGUUGGGGAGCACUUCCUGAGGUCAGAGUUGACGAGCCUGGCGCAGCAGCAGCACCCUUCCCUGACCUGCUGCGUCAGACAGUGCAACAACACACUGGACGCAAAAUGCCUCCUCUCCAUGAUCAAGAUGCCCGUCAAAUACUCGGACUACCAGGUGCAGGAGGGCCCGAUGUGUGUUGUGUGUGUGCAGAGUCGGGUGGGGCCCCUGGCUUACUUGCUCGAGCACCCGGAGAAGGUCUGGAAACAACGGCAGCAGCGGCAACGCGAGGAAGAGGAGGCCAACGAAGACUUUGACUUGUUUAUGGGCGUGGACAUGAUGUGGGCCCAGCUAUAGACACACACUCUCUCUCUACCUCCCUCUCACUUGCACACACACACACACACACACACACACACACACACACACACGUACUCUCCCAUGGCAAAAACCCACUAAACACACAUCAUACACAGCGUGAUAUGCAAACAGACCUGAUAUGACAUCACCUGAGAAUCUACAUGCCUGUUGUUGUCUUGACUGUCACAAACUUGACUGGAAAAAACACACACACACACACACACACACACACACACACACACACACACACGCACACAGUAUUUUAUCAUGGAAGCUACUGUUGGAUGUGCCUUGUGUAUAGUGUCCAUUUUCUUUAAUUGACUUCUUUUUUAACAUCUUCAUUUUUAUGCCAUAUUCAUGACUAUACAAAAGCGUACACUUUGUUUUAUUGUUAUUUUGUAAAGUAUCUGUACAUAUUAGAUUGUAUAUAUUUCAUAGUUAGUUUUUUUAAGCUUUUAUGUGGAAGUACAUACUGUAAGAUUCAUAUAUGCACCAGUUCUGUCUGCAUUCUUGUGUAUGGCCACAGAGUUGGUGGGACUUGAAAGGAUAGGCUACCUCUCUUGCAAAUGAAUACAAACAGACAAACACAACGACCUACUAUCCACAAGUGGGAUUGUGUGUGCCAAGGUCUUUGCACUUUAAAAAAAUAAACAAAAAAGAUGUGAACUUGAAA